AUGACACGAAAAGUAGCAGCGAACUUAAAGCCCAACUUGGAAUUCGUUCGUGAAGGUGACCAUAUCAAGAUGACAUCGAUUUCUACGUUCAAGACUUACGUGUCAAAAUUCAAGAUCGGCGAGACCUUCGACGAGAAGACCGCAGACGGACGUGACGUCAGCCAGACGUACACAAUAGAGAAUGAUCAUCUUAUUCUUACUGAGAAGGGUAAGAACGGCUGUGCAGAUUCGCGUGUCGAACGUUAUAUCGAGGAUGGCAAGCUGUAUAUUGUUUGCGAAUGCAAUGGAGUGAAGAGCACAAGAAUUUAUGAGCGAAUGAAGGAAUGA